UACGAAAGGUCAACUUGGGAUAAAAUUCAAGCCAUUUUCAAAGUAUCCACCUUGUUAUAAAGACAUGAGUUUCUGGAUCAAUGACUCAUUCACAGAAAACAACCUUUGCGAAAUUGUCAGAGGCGUUGCUAGUGAUCUUGCGGAGGAGGUACAAUUGAUUGACAACUUCACCAACAAGAAAGCAAUGACUAGCCAUUGUUACAGGAUCACAUAUCGCUCCAUGGAGCGUUCUCUUACAGACGAGGAAAUAAAUGAGUUACAGUGGAAUGUUCGAGAUCAGGUGCAGAGACAGAUGAAUGUUGAACUAAGAUGAUUUUCUGUAGCAUAUUUGUUUUUUUUUUCAAUCCAACAAGUCAUUCAUAAGUUACAUUAUAAUUUUGAUAUAACUGCAAUUUUUUUUGGGGUAAAAUUAGGGCUGCCAACUAGCAACUCCCCUGUGAUUAUCCAUCAGUAAAUUUAUGCAUGGUGUAACAUUUGGUCACUCAUGUCAACCAGUAUAUGUAUAAUCCAUGUUACGAGUUUUAAGGAUUUGUUUUUAGCUA